AUGUCGAGACAGCCUCUUUCAGUAGCAGAGAUUCUCGAGAAGCAAAAGCAAGAGUCGGCACUCAAACCACGCUUCCUGUCGAAAGCUGAACGAGCUGCCAAUGCGGAGCACGAGAAGCAGGAACAAGAACGCCAGCGAGCGCAAAAACAGGAGCUGGAACGCAAGCAACGGCUCAAGUUCGAGCAGCAGGCUCGCUCUGUCGCCUCCUCUUCCUCGUCAUCAUCACAACGACAUCCAGCACGACCCUCGGCGAGGGGAUCGGAUCGAUAUCGUUCAGAAAGUGAAGAUCUGGAUUAUGGAAGCGUCGUAAACGGAAGAGCUGAUGAUCGCAGGAGAAGACCAGAUACGGAUAUCAGGAACGGUAACCAUCACUUUUCCAAUGGUCAACCUCAUGUAUCGAACGGAUACGCUGCGAAUGGCGGAGAAGGAGCCGAGGCCAGUAGCAGCAGCAGCAGCGCACCCCUGACGGAAUCAGAACAAGCCUCGAUUCGACGUAGAUACCUCGGGCUGAAAGAGGACAAGAAGAAACCCAAGCGCAGACCCACCGACAAGAAAUUUGUCUUUGAGUGGGGCGAAGAGGAUGAUACCGCUACCGAGUCGCUCACUGUUCAAAUUCAGGCCGAAACUAAUGCUUCGGCUGCAACCUCUUAUUCGUCGCGCUACGACUCUCUCGACAAACGCUUUGACGACAAGCACUGGAGCGAGAAAUCGCUUUCACAGAUGAAGGAUCGCGACUGGCGCAUCUUUCGCGAAGAUUUUGGCAUCUCUGCGCGCGGCGGCAACAUUCCAAAGCCGUUGCGGUCGUGGCGCGAAUCAGGUAUCCCCGCCUCGAUUCUAAGCACCAUCGAAGAGGUGGGAUACAAAGAACCUUCGCCUAUUCAACGACAGGCUAUUCCUAUCGGCUUGCAAAACAGAGACUUGAUUGGAAUUGCCGAAACCGGAUCCGGUAAAACCGCAUCAUUCCUAAUUCCCCUCCUUGCGUACAUCUCCAAACUGCCAAAGCUGGACGAGCACACAAAAGCUCUCGGACCGCAGGCUCUCAUCCUCGUACCCACACGAGAACUGGCGCAGCAGAUUGAGACGGAAACCAACAAGUUUGCUGGUCGACUUGGGUUGCGCUGUGUCUCAAUCGUGGGUGGAAGGGAUAUGAAUGAUCAGGCAUAUGCGUUACGCGAUGGAGCCGAGAUCGUGAUUGCUACACCAGGAAGGUUGAAGGACUGCAUCGAGCGGCACGUGCUGGUGUUGAGUCAGUGUACCUACGUGGUGAUGGAUGAAGCGGACAAGAUGGUGGAUAUGGGAUUUGAACCGCAGGUAAAUUUCAUCUUGGAUUCGUUGCCCGUAUCCAAUUUGAAGCCGGAUAAUGCUAUUCCGGAAGGAUCGGCUGACGAUAUGGUGGGCAAAUAUAGAGUGACGAUGUUAUACUCUGCCACCAUGCCACCGUCGGUUGAACGGAUGGCGAGGGUGUAUCUACGUCGUCCCGCGACCAUCACGAUCGGCGAUGCAGGUCAAGCAGUAGCGACCGUUGAACAGAUUGUCGAAUUCAUCCCUACCGAAGAUCAACGCCGAACGCGACUCAUCUCGAUCCUGCAACAAUCUUCGCAUCUGGUACCGAUCAUCGUCUUUGUCAAUCAGAAAAAAGCCGCCGAUCAACUGUCCUCGUACCUCACACGUCACGGCUUCCACACGUCCACGCUUCACUCUGGAAAAACUCAAGACCUCCGAGAAGAAGCCCUCGCCAACCUCCGCUCGGGUCACACGCAGAUCCUAGUCGCGACCGAUCUAGCAGGACGCGGCAUUGACGUCCCCGACGUCGGACUGGUCGUCAACUUUGCCAUGCCCAACAACAUCGAAGCUUACAUCCAUCGAAUCGGUAGAACAGGCCGAGCUGGAAAGCAGGGCACAGCAGUCACCUUUGUAGACCAGGCAGAUAGCGAUCUAUUCUGGGAUCUCAAACAGGAGCUGACCAAGAGCAAGUUGAGUACCGUCCCACAACAGUUGGCGAGACACCCGGCCGCAAUGCAUAAGCCGGUCAAGGACGGCAUGGGCAAGCGGAAACGCGAAAGGGAGGACGACGGGUAG